AGUCUUGUGCGCAUGCGCAAUUGGCUAAUAGACUGUAAUCGAAGAUAGACGUUUUAUCUUCCUAUUUAUUUCCUCUGAUUUUAAUACUUUUAAAAAGAGGUGUUUAGUGAAAUUUCAAACUGGAGCGCCUACCAGAAUACUUUCGGGACACGAUGGAUUGGUUUAUGGGGAAAGGUAAAAAGAAAGAAAAGGACGGUCUAAAUGAGCGUGAACAGCCUCCAUAUUUGGAAAGUGAUUGGGCAACGCAAAAGUUGAUUGACGUCAACAUGAAGAACUUUGUUUACAGGCCAGAAGGUAUCGAUGUAAACGAAUGGCUUGCAACACAUACCAUUCAUUUCUUCGAACAUGUCAAUGUUUUCUACGGUCUUGUUGCUGAAUAUUGUACUCCAACUGAUUGCCCAUCCAUGACUGGCCCGUCGAAUAUGAAUUAUCAAUGGGUUGACGAUAAAUCAAAGAAGAAUAAAUGCUCUGCUCCACAAUAUGUUGAAUAUGUAAUGACUUCUAUUCAGAGGACGAUAACGGAUGAAACGCUCUUCCCAACUAAAUACGGACAACCUUUCCCGCAGACUUUUGAUACAAUCAUUCGCAGACUCUUCCGUUUGUUGUUCCAUGUUCUUGCACAUAUAUAUGCCGCCCAUUUCCAACAUGUCGCUCAAUUUGGCAUGCAUUCACAUCUAAAUACCCUCUUCCUCCAUUUAAUGAGUUUCGACAAGCUUUUUAAGAUAGUUGAUGAGAAAGAAACAGAUAUAUUAACAGAGCUCUACAUCAAACUGCAAGGCGACAGGCGCCCAUCAUCAAAUGAGGAUAAUCAAUCCCAAUCGCCAAAUAACUCUCAGUCAUUCCAAGAAGACACUAAAAACUCUGAAGUUUCAAAAGUGCCGAAAUCAACUGCAGACUCUACAGAUACAAAUACUUUAGCUGUUCAAUCGCAAAAUAUGUGCCAAAAUUAA